AUGGAUGGAGAGGUGGAGGAGGAUGAUAUCUGGGAUGAAAAAUCCUUAAAGCAGCUUGAAAGAAAGCGUGGACAGUCGGCACGCAGAAAUGAAAAACCAACGAAUUUACCGCGCAAAAGCCCAAAAUCAAAGCGCACUGCCAGUAAUUUGAACAAACCUCAACGACGGUGUCGUUUGCAAGCCUCACAGAAAACAAAGACGGAUAAUUCUCAGACAAUCAUAAAGAACAGUGGGAGGAAACUAAAACGCAAGAGAGAAGAUUCCUCCAGUAGUUGCAAGGAAUUGAAUGAUGAGGACUCAACCUUCAGUCAUCAAUUAUCUGGAAGCCAAGGUGACUCAGCUGUGGUUGACAACAAGAUCACACCUCAAAAGAGCAUCGUAGAUGGGUACUGCCCUAGAUGCCAGAUGCCUUUCGUUGCAUUGGUUGGAGAAUCUCCUAGGUGGCACGUCAGUGAUUGUUUGGGAAGGAAAUAUUCUUUCAUAGGUAAUUAAAGCGUACUUAGCUUAGUAGAUUUAGUUAGAACAAUGUCAUUAAUAUUUCACUGCUGUUCAAACAGUUAUACCCCCUGUAAGUUAGCCCAGCCAGAAGUAUGUGUAAAUUUACUUGUUAACUUUGCUCUAUGCAGAACCUCAGGACAUACGUGGAUUUGCAUCAGGUAAAAUUUCCUUGUGGGACCAUUUGACUGCAAGGAUAGGAAAACUUAUUCACUGAUUCAGAUAAACAAAUCCGAUUCGUAAACAACUGAAUCAAUACAAAACAGAGCCUUUCUUUUUUGUUAGGUGAUUGUCCUGAAGGUGUCCACUGCAGAUCAACAUUUUCUCCUCAUUAUGAAAGAUACUCUCACAAGCUUUUGGCUUCUGUCAGGAGUUAUGGUCACAUAUACAGAGGAGAUGAAGGAGAAAGUAAUGGAAACAUAGAUAAUCUGAUGCACAAACAAGUAAGAGUUUGACAUACUGUAAAGACCUUUAAACUCUACAUCAUUUCUUUUCCUGUGGCAUAAACUUAGUAAGGAAUCUGAAAUAAUUUUGGUAAGUUUAAAACCAUAUCUAAGGCAUGAAAACUCUUACUAUCAGACUUUCUCAUGAAUUGGUGUUGACACUAAUUGGAACUAACUUUUAUUCUUUCCUUAACAAAAGCAUGAAAGAGCAAUCAAGUCUUCAAGACAAUUGAACUUUUCAGAAAAACCAUUUUUGUCUGAAUCACUCCAUAAAGAUGAAGAUGAGUGUGAAUCUUCUGGGAGCCCUGGUGCUACAGUAGGUUUACCUUAUGGUAGAGCAAAUGGAGCAAUAGAAGCAGUACAAUUAGAUGAAAAUAAAACAUCAAAGGAAUUACUAUGCAAUAUUCAUAGUUCACCACAACAUUCAAACCUUGGAGAAUCUAGCAAAUCUCAUUCUUUGCCUCUACAAAGUGAGGCUUCAAUGACCAAAGUUGAGACAGGAGAUUUUCAAAUGUCCUCUGAUGAUGAUCUGUUUGGAGAUCUUGAAGUCUUGGAAAAUUUGUGUGAAAGUUCUUAUGCAGCAGAUCAGUUAACAAAAGACCAACAGAGUUAUCACAGUCUUGAAUGUGUUGAUGUGUAUGAUAAGCCCAAGCAGUGUUUUAUCCAACCUGUUGCUUCAGUUGUGGAGAAAAAGAGUAAAACAAGUGAACAUACAAAUGAGGCUGAGGUAAAUUUUACACCAAGUCCACAUCCUUUGGAUGUAAAGAAAAUUAAUGUCAAAGAAGAUAAUCUGGGUGAGCACUCAAGUAUAAGCCAGAAACAACAGUCAAUUUUGGCAUUUUUCAGAAAAGGGAAGGAAGCCUCUAAAUCAAAGACAUCUCUGAAACAAACUGAUAUAGGAGUGUUCUUUGGCUUGAAACCACUGAAGAAGCCUGCAAAAAAUAUAACAACUUCUCAGAAUGGUGCCAGAAUAACAAACUCUUCACAAUCACAGUCUGCAUCCCAAAGACAGGGUCACUGGGCAACAAGAAAAACAUUCAACAAUGAUCGUAAAAACACAGGAUUUACAACUGAAGGUCAAAGUUCAAGUCAAAGUGAAGGUCUAGCUGGUAGUAAUAGAACCCAGACUCAACGCAGUUGUCCAUUCUACAAGAAGAUCCCUAACAGUGCCUUUACUGUUGAUGCUUUUCGCUAUGGCAACAUUCCUGGCUGUCAUGCUUAUUUUUUGAGCCAUUUUCAUUAUGAUCACUAUAUGGGACUGAAUGGGAAAUUCAAAAAUCCAAUCUAUUGUAGCAAGGUAAUAGACUGUAGGGUUUAUUAAUAUUUGAUGUGGGAGGGCACCCUAAUCCUGAGGUUACUCGAUCAGAAAUGAUAACUUCUUGAUGUUCAAAUGAAAUAUAAAGGGGUUAAGUUUCUAAAGAAACUGUGGUGCUGCAUCGGUGGGAGAGUAUAUCCUUAAUAAUAGUAAGGAUAAUAUUAUAGUUGGGUUCUGUUUUUAUGUAUCUCAUUGCUACAAGCCUUGUCAUGCAUGGUGAUCAGAUUUGUGAAAGAUUUUGGAAAGCUGGUUUAUUAACUUAGAACAGAUUCCUUUUUGACAGAUGUUAACAAUUUCCUGCACCUUAUAAACCUCUUAUUAUAGAACAUCAACACAACUUUGCUGAUAGUUUGAAACUGACUGACACUGUUUGGCUCUGACAACCAGAUGAACAACGGCAUAACUGACCAAUCGGUUUUCACAUACCAAACCUCCAAAGCCUUAACUGACAAACAACUCUUCACUUGAUUCUAGAAAAGACAUAUGCUCAUAUUUUUGAACUGCCAAUAAAAAAUUUCUCUCAGGAUUGGUCUCACUCAGACAAUUAGAGAAGACAAUCAUAAUUGGGUAAUAUAACUCCAAUAUGGUAUAUUAUUUGAUAAAACAGCCAGUCAUUGACUGAAGAAUUAGUGCUCACUUAUAAUUUUUUUGUUAAGAUCACUGCAAAUCUGGUGAUAUCCAAGCUGUGUGUUAAAAAAGAGUUUGUCCAUCCACUUCCCAUGAAUGCACCAACCAUUGUGGAAAAUGUUCAAGUUACACUUCUGGAGGCAAACCAGUAGGGACUACUAAGUUUGUUACUUAUCACUUUAAAAUUAAUAAAAUUACUUUAAGUGAAAUAUGUUUAGUAAUUAAAAUAAUGACUUAUAAUGACUUAGACAGAAGGAUAAAAUCUGUUUUGAGUGGCAUUCUCAGCAAAACAUCGCCUAUAUUUUUCAUUGAACUUUUUUUUUUCAGUUGCCCUGGAGCUGUAUUGUUUGUGUUCCAGUUCUCUUCUGGCCAGACUUACUUACACACAGGUUUAGCUUCAUUUUGGUUGAUAUUAAAUUAAGAUACUUUUGCCAUAUGUGAUAUGUAAGUAUUCAAAAAUGCAAUUAUUCUACUGUAAGAUUUACAAAGAUUGUAGCUUUUCAUCAUGCUGUCAUUAAUGUACCACGUACAAAGCAGCAUGCUUGGUGAUUGCUCUCAUGACAUAACCAACCAAUUGAUGAACAAUGUCAUGUCUUGAAUGUGACCCUGAACAGUCCAUGACAUCCUAGCUAAAGACUGUCAGUUUACAAUCAAAGUAUCACUUUCUACAUCCCUUGUGACAACAUUACCUGUGGAAGUUUCCUCAAGUACAUUUUAAAGUAUUACUUGAUUUAUUUUUAAGGUGACUUUCGAGCUUCUCCUGAAAUGGAAAGGUAUCCAGAGUUACAUUGUAAGAUUGAUGUCCUGUACCUUGACACCACGUAAGUACAUCUACACUGACAUGUUUUUUCGAUUGGUUAUGUAAUUACUGAAUAAUCUGCAGUAUUUACAACUUGUUUUUUUAAAAACAUUUCAGGUACUGUGAUCCAAACUACUCCUUUCCUCCUCAAGAGGAAACAAUCAACUUUGCUGUUUCAAAAGCUGUGCAAGCAUGCAAACAAAACCCAAAGACACUGAUAGUUUGUGGCUCAUAUACAAUUGGAAAAGAACGUGUCUUUCUUGGUGAGGACUUUUAAAAUCUCAGUUUAAUAUAUUUUUGUGAGAUGGUAUAGAGGAGAGAAUUCUUAAUUCAGACACAGAAGACUGCGAUUGUACAAUUUCAGCAAAUAUGAAGGCUUUGUGUGAUAAAGUCACUUUUUUAUAAGAUUGAAUUCAAUUUUGAUGCUUAACUAUCAUAGGCACCAAUAAUUAAAUGGGAACUGUUGGUUGAUAUUGUUUUGUGUUUAUGUUAAGCCAUUGCAGAAGCACUUGGGUGUAAAGUUUGUGUAGAAAAACAAAAGAAAAAGGUUCUGGACUGUCUUGAAUCCAAUCAAAUAAAUUCUCUGAUCACAACUGACUGGAAGGCGGGAAGAAUUCAUGUGUUGCCAAUGGCAAAGCUAACGCUGCAGGUAAAUGAUGAAUUUUUAGUGCUGAAAUUGUAUUUUUCACUUUCAUGGCUAAGAUAAAGCAACUUGAAAUUUAUUAUUAUGGUGGACAACAGAACAUGUAUUCAGUCAACCCUUUAACUCCCAUGACUGAUGAAGACUGAAUUUCUCCUUACAAUAUCAAGUACACUAGUUAUGAGGGUAAAGAAAAGUAUUAAUCAGGGGAUUAUUAGUUGAUUCAAUACCCAAUUUUCAUAGCUGAUAUUAUAAGAAUUGUGUCACAUACAGUUAGGAGAAUUUGAUGUUAUGAGUGAAACAAAUUCUGAACUCCAGAUAUUUUUUUAGAUGUCUCUUCUGUGGUUUUAUCAGUUGCAAAGUAUUCAAAUUAAAAUAAGAUACAUAUAGAAAGAUGUUUAAGAUGGAAUAUAAUUUAAAAGCAUAUUUUCAUCAUCAAUUUUAUUUAUUGAUAGAAUCUAACAACAUAUUUGGGGGCUCAUAAGUCACAGUAUGCUGAACUCCUGGCAUUUAAACCCACUGGGUGGGAACACAGUGAAAAGCGGGAGGACUUGACGAUGAUUAAACCUUCCAAGAGAGGAAAUGUGACAAUAUAUGGUAAGUACAGUGAUAUGCUAGAUUUAACUUACUCAGCCCAUCUUGUUUUUUCCACCCAACCUCACUCCUCUCCUAAAGUCAGUUUUUUUCAUUACUGACAAUGAUGUAGUUCCUAGGGUUUGUUAUAUUGUUGUUUUCUUCGUCUUUAUGCUUAGGUGUUCCUUAUAGUGAGCAUAGCAGCUUCAGGGAACUGGAGAGAUUUGUUAAGUUUCUUCAGCCAAAGAAGAUCAUUCCUACUGUUAAUGUCCAUUCCGCGGAAAAAAGGGCUCAGAUGCAGGCCAUCUUCAACAGCUGGUUAUCGAAGGAUUCCUUAAAGUUUUGAGCGAUGUUAAGUCUUAAUUUAACGGCAGGUUGUUAAAGAACAUGCCAAAAGAGAGAAAUAAUAUUUGAUGAUCGUCUAUGAAGCCUACAAAAUGUUAAGUAUUUUGUAAUUCCCAUGAAAUGAAAAAUUGUGCAGUAGUAUUUUUCUAUAACCAUUAUUUAUGGGUAUUUUGUUGCAUCAAUCUUGAGAAUUGUUUACAGUAAGUACUCAAGAUGUAAUUCAAAUGUAGGUACAGCACAUAUGGAUAAGCAUCAUUUUUCUGUAUUUAAAGCUACAUGUAGCUGCUUUUAUGUUAAUAAGUUUAAGCUCUGAGUUGAUUUUCUGAUGCUUCAUUAUUUUAAAUACACUCAGAUAGCCUUAUUUGAACUGGUGAAUGAAGGAACUCUUAUUUAUCCACAGAAGUGAAAUAUAUAUAUAUAUAUAUUCUUAUUGUACUUAUACUUACAUGUACUUAUUCAUAUAUCACUGACAUAAAAUCAUACUUGACUGUAAAUCACUCUAAUUUUCUCACAAUUUAGACUAGAAGGACAGUGUCAGUAAUGAUUCUAGUUGGCUUAUCUUCAGAUCACAAUUAAUUUCAUACUAGACUAGAGUAUCUGAACUUUUUAAGAGAUUAGCCAGUAACCUGCUGAUCUGCAGGAACAUGUGAACUUUGCUUUUGGAGUGAUUUAGCAUUUGGAAGUUGAUUUUGUGUUCAGCUAUGUGGAAAAUAAACAACUUUGUUGGUAAAAGCAAAAUUAUAAAGGUUGUGUGAGUUUCUCAGACCCUUAGAGCAUGUACAACCUCGGACCAAAAGUAAGGACUGUAUUGUAAAAUCAUAUUUGUUUCUUGCAAAGUUACUGGGCCUUCAGUUUCUAUAUGGUUCACAAACAUCUCUACUAAAAAUUACUUUUCAUCUGCGAGACCAUGUAGUUUUCAAAUUAAAAUUAAAAAAAAUUGAGUGACAAUCAAAGUGUAAACUGAAUUCUGAGUCAGUUUUUUUACCUUACAUAUUCAAUUAAAUAUCACCAUUGUACU